CCGAAUGCAAACCAAAACCGACACACCCUUUUUCGUCUUACUUCUGAGUAGUUGCUCGGUUUAGCAGCUGCGAGGCUAAGGCGGACGAUGGAGGUUGAAGUCGAGAGAGCCCGCGCAGCAUUGUUGGGGGCGUUUAUAGCAGAUGCAGCAACAUCACCAUUACACUGGAUAUACAACCGCACCAUCCUCCGCGACACCCUCACCAAACCCGUGGACCACACAGCUGCUCCCGAGUUCUUCGAGCGCCCCUCCUGCCUCUUCUACAAGGCGGUGGUGGGCGCGCUGUCGCCGUACGGACAGGAGCUGCUGCCGCUGGUCACCUUCCUGGCGGCACACGGAGAGUGCGAGCCGCAGGAAUGGGCCAAGUACCUUGCCGCCCACUACGCCUCCGACUCGCCCCCGCUGGUCUACCUGAACCACAGCGCCAAGGCCAUGCGGGACAGAGUGGCGGAGGGGCGCCCCUGGCCGGAGUGCGGGGAGCCGAAUGACAACCAGGCCAACUGCUUCGUCAAGGUGCCUGCCCUGGUUGCGCUGUACGGCGGCCGCUCUGACGGCGGUACGGCACUGCGGCGGGGGGUGGAGGCUGCCGUACGGGCGCAGCAGAACAAUGACACGGCGGUGGAGCUGGCGUGGGCGGCGGCACGGGUGCUGGAACGGGUGAUGGUGACGGGUGGCAGUGUGGAGUCGGCGCUGCAGUGGGUGCUGGGGCCCGAGGGGGGGCUGGGCGAGCGGGCGGUCAAGAGCCGUGACGCGGUUCGGGAGGUGCUGGAGAAGAAGGAUGUAGACCCGCGGAGCCUCAUGUACGGCGCCCCCGGCCCCGAGGUCAAGUUCGGUCCCUGGGGUGCGGGUUGCAGCAACCCGGGCUGCCUCAAAGCGGCGCUGCUGGUGGCGCUGCAGGCCCCCGACUACGUGUCGGGUGUGCGCGGCAACCUGCUGCUCGGGGGCGACAACUGCUCCCGGGCGGUGCUGGUGGGGGCGCUGCUGGCGGCAAGGGGUGGCCCCGGUUGCAUCCCGUCCGACUGGGUUUCCAAGACGUUGCCGUACGUUGAGCUGGAGGAGGCGGUGUCGGGGCUCAUCGAGCAGCGGCUAGCCGUGCACGCCGCCGCGGGCCCACUCACCCAACCGACGGAUGCCCCGAUUGGCGCCGUCGUCGCCAACGGCGGCGGCGCCGCCACCGAAACAACCGCCAACGGUAAAGUUCCGUCGGCGGCGGCGGUUGCGAACGGUGACGGGGCCGUUGACGUGAGGACUGCGGAGACAGCGGCGGCAGCGGCGCAGCAUACUACGGAGGUUGCAGCCGCAGAAUCCCUUCGCAGGGCCGCUGAGGCGACGACUGCCUCGUCCGUUGGCCUGCAAGCCCAAGUCGGGAACACGGCAGCAGCGGCGGCGGAGGCGGCGGCAACGGCCGCAGCUCAAGCGCAACAGACGGCAGCGGCGGCGGAGGCGGCGGUGCAGCAAGCCGCGACGUCAGCUAGAGAGCAGGCGCAGGAGGCUCGCGGCGUUGCAGCUUCCGCCGCGUCCACCGCCCAAGACGCCGCCGCCGCCGCUGCCAAGGAAGCAGCGGAGCAGGCGCGGCAGGCGGCAGCAGACGCGACAAAGCGGGCAGCGGCGGAGGCACAGGCAACGGCGGCCGCGGCGGCGGCGGCGGCGCGGGCUUGUACGGCAUCUGGUUCCUCCGCCGCCGCCGGUACGGCGCAGGAGGCUGCUUCCGCCGCCAAGGCAGCGACGGCGCAUGCGUCCGAAAUUGCAGCGGAUAGCAUGACGUCAGCGGCGACGGCUAGGGGUGCGGUGCCGGCUGCUGCUACUGCUGGUGCUACGGACGCAGUUGUGAAGGCAGAGGAUGUGGCGUUACGAGUGGCGGAUGGUGCAGCAGUGGCUCCGCAGGCGAAUGGGCAUAAGACGAACGGCACGGCGGCGGCGUCAACACCGCCGGCGGCGGCAGCGGCGGCGAAGGAGAAAGCAGCGGCUGAACAGCCCGGCUGCAAGUGCUGCGUGGUGAUGUAGAGGGGGUGGUGUGUUGCUGACGGCGAAAGGGUGUGUGUAUCGUUACGUUGCCUUGAUCACGGCUGUGGGUGAGGGGUGACGGGUAACGGGUGUCGUACCGUUGUAAAGCGCUAUGUGGUGGCGUUCUAGGGGUGACGCGGUCUCACCGUCGCCGCUGCUGCCGCCGUUGCUGCUGCGGCUGUAAGUACAGCUGCAGGAAUGCGGCUGCAUGGACGUGGCUUGUGCCCAGGUGCUGCUGAGGGCGUCAAAUGGGGUGAUGACGCGGGGAUGCAUGGAUGAUUUGAUCCGGCCUGACCUUGCUGUUUGCAUGUGGCAUGAGAGAGGUGGUGCGGGUAAAGGUCUUGCUACCAGAUUUCCAAUUGAUAGCGCAUGGCGCAUAAGUAGGGGUAGUGCUUGUAGGAAAUGCAUCAACAUGGGAGGAGGCUGGAGGAAGGUGGGUUGUGCAGCGUAGGGUGCUAGUUUCGUGGGGUAGACUUGCGCAGGAGUAGUGGACAUGGAGGGCGUAGACAGGCGUGUGAAUCACGGGGUUGAAGUAAGGCACCGGGUCGAGUGCUCGAGUCCUCGCGUCCGCAGGUUGUUUGCUUGCAAGUAAGCGUCUUUCAUGUGCGUGAAGACUCAAUUCAACAUUACAAUGUGCCAAAUUGAAAGCAACGCAGGGGGGGCGAUGUGCCUGCGGAUUGACACGGUUAGGGCGGGGCAUGGCUGCCGGGCAGGUCACAGGAUGAAGGAGAAAGAGGAAGACGCGCUGCGGAAAACAAGGGACAUGUGGGCGUGUGGUUGCAGCGUUGUGCACACUGCCUCGCAUGUGCCCCUUCUAGCCAAGCUUUGUGUCGGUGCCCCCGGGGGGUUGUGGCUGUGAUGGCGGAACGCACAUUAUCAUGUGUAGGGAUGUCGCUGGGGGCCGCGCAUGGAUGGCCACGGAUGGGCCCCCUAGAAGGAGGCGUUUCCUAUACAGGGCGUAGCAUUGAGAUGCAGCUGGGCCGGCGGCGCUGAAGCGUGUUGUGGCGGGGAAAUCCCAAUUGCGGCUCUCGCCAACGACGAGAGCACAAGCGAUGUGCAUUGCUGUCAAAAAGGAGGAUCUCGGAUGGUGGCCUUACUUGUUAUGAGCCCACGAGCCGCCUUGCAGGCUCUUUUCUCUUGGUUUCCACGUGUGGACAUAUGGCCAGGAUGUCUUUCGGUGUUGUGGGGUUAAGGCUCAAGUAAAUUCCAGCUAGCUCUGCCUGGUCGCACUUAACCAACCUAGCCGUGAUUCGGGUGCGCUGUUUAGUCGACCUGAGCAAUACGACUUUCCUGGCAGUGGUUUCGAUUGCAUGGGUGGCCUCCUUGCGAGUCUUUUUUUAGCAAAGGAGUCUGCUGAAGCUCUCAUAUCGCAUAAGUUCGUGCGGAGGGGCGCGCUGCCGUGCGUAACCAAUACACACACGUUUGCUUCUGGACCUGAUGUUGCUGCUGCGUGACCUGCUUUAUGUGCGGGUUUAACUAACUUUGCCCGUACGGGAACGAGCACAAUCCCAACCUGUUGCCAACCACCUGUAUUGGCGUUUCCUGCCGGUAGCAGCAGCCGGUGGGGUUUGUAGCGGCGGGAGGCAUAACGCAAGCUUGCUGUCGUUUUCGCUAAGAGGUUGAGUCCCCCUAAAUCGACUAGCUGCAAUCUGGUGCAGCUGGUGCGCUUGGGUUUCACGGCUGCUGGGAGGACCUCCUCACUCUUUGGAGGCCUACACUCCUGCGCCCUCGCGCAUCACCUAGGGAGAUAGGAUGUCUGGUGGGUGGCCAUGGGAGGCGUCUAGGCUCCAUGCAAGGCCCUAUGAG